AUGGUGAGUGAACAACUUGUGUCCGUCCGUAUCAUCAUCAAAGGUGGUGUCUGGAGAAACACGGAGGACGAGAUCUUGAAAGCUGCUAUCUCGAAGUAUGGGAAGAAUCAAUGGGCUCGUAUAUCAUCACUUCUAGUCCGUAAAACACCGAAACAAUGUAAAGCAAGAUGGUAUGAGUGGUUAGAUCCUUCCAUCAAGAAGGUCGAAUGGUCAAAGACGGAAGAUGAAAAGCUACUACAUCUCGCCAAGUUGAUGCCUACACAAUGGCGUACGAUAGCGCCUAUAGUCGGAAGAACAGCAACUCAAUGUUUGGAAAGGUAUCAGAAAUUGUCAGACGACGCGGAAGCCAAGGAUAACGAGGAGCUGGGAUUGGGUGCUGGCGAAAAUGUAGAAGCUAGACCUGCAGCUGAUGUGAGAGGUUUGAAACCUGGUGAAAUUGAUACGGAUCCUGAAACGAGGGCGGCAAGACCUGAUCCCAUAGAUAUGGAUGAUGAUGAAAAAGAAAUGUUAUCCGAAGCAAGAGCGAGAUUGGCGAAUACCCAAGGUAAAAAAGCCAAGAGGAAAGCUAGAGAAAGACAAUUAGAAGAAGCUAGAAGAUUGGCUUUCUUACAGAAGAAGAGAGAGUUGAAGGCGGCUGGUAUCAACCUUCGACCUAAAACCAAGAAGAAGGGUAUGGACUACAACGCCGAUAUCCCGUUCGAAAAGCAACCCGCACCUGGAUUCUACGAUGUGGCGGAGGAGAAUGCCAAAGUGUAUGCAGCCCCUGUCGGCCAGUCGCUACGAGCUUUAGAGGGAAAGAGGAAGCAGGAACUAGAAGAAUUGGAAGAGAAGAAGAAACGACAGAAGGGUAAUGAUGGAAAGAGCAAUCAGACCGCGCAGUUCGUUCAGGCGAGAGAAGCACAAAUCAAGAAGCUGAAGGAACAAGAACAAAUCAUUAGAAGGAGGAAGUUGAAUUUACCAAUGCCUCAAGUCGGAGAGCAAGAAUUGGAGGAUAUAGUGAAGAUCGGUCAAGCUGGUGAAUUGGCGCGGGAGCUUGUUGGAGGUGAAGGAUCUGGAAGCAAAGCUACUGAAGGAUUACUGGGAGAAUACGAGAGCUUAGGUCAAGCUAGGAUGGCAAGGACACCUAGAACAGGUCCUCAGCAGGACAACGUUAUGGCCGAAGCUCGAAAUCUUCGAAACAUGCUUAACGCUCAGACCCCUCUUCUCGGUGAUGAGAACACUCCUUUCCACGGUGGUGAUACUGGCGGAACUGGUUUCGAAGGUGCUACUCCCCGACAUGGUGUCGCUCCUACUCCCAAUCCCCUUGCUACCCCUGCUCGUGGCGGAGUACUUGCUACUCCACGAACUGUUGGUGGUGUAGGUGCUACUCCCUCACGAACACCACGAGAUAACCUUAGUAUCAACGAUGGCGAGUCAUACUAUGGCGAAACACCUCGAGAUGAGAAACGACGUAUAGCCGACGCUCGACGAGCAUUGAAGGCAGGUUUCGCCGCUUUGCCUAAACCCGAGAAUAACUUCGAACUUGCCGAGACGGAAGAAGAUGAAGAGGAAGAGGACCAGGCGGUACCGCUCUCUGAAGAAGAUGCAGCUGAAAGAGAUAGACGAUUGAAGGCUGCAAGGGAAUUAGAGGAGAAAUUAGAACUGGAAAGACGAAGUACAGUGGUGAAGCAGAAUCUACCUCGACCAGUCAACGUCAAUACUUACAAGAUUCUGGAAGAGUUGAACUCGGUCGAAGCUGAUGCGGACUCCGCCAUGGUAGCUGCCUUCAGAAUGGUCAACUUGGAAGUAGCCAUGUUGAUGAAACACGAUUCGAUCGCUCAUCCUCUUCCCGGCACUUCCACACCUGGUGGAACCGCCUCAGAUUAUGAUAUGCCUGAAGAUGAUUUCGUUGCCGCUGCUAAACAAGCUAUACAUAGCGAAUUAGCUGGUCAAUUGGGUCUACCGGGUGCAAGCGACGAACAACUUAAAUUAGCCAUCUCAUCGAAUUUCUCGGAAGAUCAAGAUCAAAAUGCCAAUGAUUUCUCCGCGAGUUGGUCUUCUCAGGAUACCCAAGAGAAUUUGAUAUAUUCACCUACACUUAGGAAAUACGUCGAGAAGUCUUCUUUGUCCGAAGAUGAAUUGAGGGAAUGUUUUCUAGCCAAUAUCGAGCUCACAAAGGAAAAAGUCAUAAGUGAAGCUACGAAAGCUUCCAAGGCUGAGAAGAAAUUGGCCAAACAGUUGGGUGGAUAUCAGAUGAUCAAUUCGAAACAUAAAUCGAAGAUAUCAGAAUUGAUGGAGGAGAUACAACAGUCCAAGAGGGAUUACGAGACUUUCCAAAUGUUAAGGACGAUUGAGGAAAGUGGUACACCGGCGAGAUUGGAGAAGAUCAAAGAUGAGGUGGAUAUCUUGCAGAGGAAAGAAAGGGAUUUGCAAGCUAGAUAUGCGGAAUUAAUCGAUGAGAGGAGAGAGAGGUUAUCGAAAAUUGAACAGCUCGAGGAAGAUAAGAUGGUACUUCAAGCUCAAGCCGCACUCGAUGCUCAAGGUUGUGAAAUUGAAGUUAACGGUGAUGACGUUGAGAUCAAUGGGAAUUAG